CAUACACAGACAUGCUCACAGAGCCUAUACCUGCCUCUACUUGUCUGCUCUGGGCAGAUGGCUCCUGUCUUUUGGGUCGCCUCAUUCUACAGUCCAGUCCAGUUAGACCCUUUCUUCCGUGGAGACUGGCAAGCUGUGGGAACUGUCACUGGACCCUGGCUGCAAACUCUCCGUGGCUUUGAAGCCCACAAAAUAAAAACUGAGAGGGUAUCCAAAAAGAGAAGAAGAAAACAUUGUUGUUGGUCCUUGGAUUCUACUACUGGAUUUUGGUGGGGAUGAGAAGAGAGAACUACCAGGUGCAACCAAGCAAGGGUACCUGCACGGCCUUAAAGAAUGCGUUCCAAAAGUAGUGACACUGAGGGCUCAGCCCAAAAGCAAUUUUCAAGACAUGGUAAAGACUGCAGUUUCCAAGGGCACAGUCAGCAAGACAAAGACCCCACCAGUGAGUCGGAUGCAAUCCUUCCAAGUCCCAAGUCAGAGAAGCCACACAGAGGUAACAGCCACCAAGCAGAAGACCUCUCAAGAGAUGAUCUAUUAUUUCUCCUCAGCAUUCUGGAGGGAGAAGUGCAGGCUCGAGAUGAAGUCAUAGGCAUUUUAAAGGCUGAAAAAAUGGACUUGGCUUUGCUGGAAGCUCAGUAUGGGUUUGUCACUCCAAAAAAGGUGUUAGAGGCUCUCCAGCGAGAUGCUUUUCAAGUGAAAUCUGCCCCUUGGCAGGAGGACGUCUAUGAGAAACCAGUGAAUGAGUUGGACAAAGUUGUGGAAAAACAUAAAGAAUCUUACAGACGAAUCUUGGAACAGCUUUUAAUGGUAGAAAAAUCCCAUAGGCAAACCAUAUUGGAAUUGGAGGAAGAAAAGAGAAAACAUAAAGAAUACAUGGAGAAGAAUGAUGAAUUCAUAAGCUUACUAGAACAGGAAUGUGAAAGAUUAAAGAAGCUGAUUGAUCAAGAAACUGAAUCCCAGGAGAAGAAGGAACAAGAAAGGGAGAAGAGGGUCACUGCCCUGAAAGAGGAGCUGACCAAGCUCAAGUCUUUUGCUUUGAUGGUGGUGGACGAACAACAAAGGCUGACUGCACAGCUUGCCUUUCAAAGACAGAAAAUCCAAGACCUGACCACAAAUGCAAAAGAAACACAUGCUAAACUAGCCCUUGCUGAAGCCAGAGUUCAGGAAGAAAAGCAGAAGGCAGCCAAACUAGAGGAAGAGCUGCACACGCAGACCACAAAAUUUCAGCAGAACCAAGACACAAUUAUGGCGAAGCUCACCAAUGAGGACAGUCAAAAUCGCCAGCUCCGACAAAAGCUGGCAGCACUCAGCAGGCAAAUUGAUGAGUCAGAAGAGACAAACAGGUCUUUAAGAAAAGCGGAAGAGGAGCUGCAGGAUAUAAAAGAAAAAAUCAACAAGGGGGAAUUUGGAAACGCUGGUAUCAUGGCUGAGGUGGAGGAGCUCAGGAAACGCGUGCUAGAUAUGGAAGGGAAAGAUGAAGAGCUCAUAAAAAUGGAGGAGCAGUGCAGAGAUCUCAAUAAGAGGCUCGAAAAGGAAACAUCACAGAGUAAAGACUUAAAACUAGAGGUUGAAAAGCUCAAUAAGCGGAUUGUGGCUCUGGAAAAAUUAGAAGAUGCUUUCAACAAAAGCAAACAAGAAUGCUACUCUCUGAAAUGCAAUUUAGAAAAAGAAAGGAUGACCACAAAGCAGUUGUCUCAAGAACUGGAGAGCUUAAAAGUGAGGAUCAAAGAACUAGAAGCCAUUGAAAGUCGGCUAGAAAAGACAGAAUUCACCCUAAAAGAGGAUUUAACUAAACUGAAAACAUUAACAGUGAUGCUUGUAGAUGAAAGGAAAACAAUGAGUGAAAAAUUAAAGCAAACUGAAGAUAAGUUACAAGCUGCUGCUUCUCAGCUUCAAGUGGAGCAAAAUAAAGUUACAACGGUUACUGAGAAGUUAAUUGAGGAAACUAAAAGGGCACUCAAGUCCAAAACUGAUGUGGAAGAAAAGAUGUACAGUGUAACCAAGGAGAGAGAUGAUCUAAAAAACAAACUGAAGGAAGAAGAAGAGAAAGGAAAUGAUCUCCUGUCAAAAGUUAAUAUGUUGAAAAAUAGGCUUCAAUCGCUGGAAGCAACUGAGAAAGAUUUCCUGAAAAACAAAUUAAAUCAAGACACUGGUAAGUCCACAACAGCAUUACACCAAGAAAACAACAGGAUUAAAGAGCUAUCUCAAGAAGUGGAAAGACUGAAACUGAAACUAAAGGAAAUGAAAGCCAUUGAGGAUGACCUUAUGAAAACAGAAGACGAGUAUGAGACUCUAGAAAGAAGGUAUGCUAAUGAACGAGACAAAGCUCAAUUUUUAUCUGAAGAGCUAGAACAUGUUAAAAUGGAACUUGCCAAGUACAAGUUAGUGGAAAAAACUGAGUCCAGCCAUGAACAAUGGCUUUUCAAAAGGCUUCAAGAAGAAGAAGCUAAGUCAGGGCAUCUCUCUAGAGAAGUGGAUGCAUUAAAAGAGAAAAUUCAUGAAUACAUGGCAACUGAGGACCUAAUAUGUCACCUCCAGGGAGAUCACUCAGUUCUGCAAAAGAAACUAAAUCAACAAGAAAACAGGAACAGAGACUUAGGAAGAGAGAUUGAAAACCUCACUAAAGAGUUAGAGAGGUACCGGCAUUUCAGUAAGAGCCUCCGGCCUAGUCUCAAUGGAAGGAGAAUCUCUGAUCCUCAAGUAUUUUCUAAAGAGGUUCAGACAGAAGCAGUAGACAAUGAACCACCUGAUUACAAGAGUCUCAUUCCUCUGGAACGAGCAGUCAUCAAUGGUCAGUUAUAUGAGGAAAGUGAGGACCAAGAUGAGGACCCUAAUGAUGAGGAAUCUGUGUUGUCCUUCAAAUGCAGCCCAUCUACUCCCUGCCCUGUUAACAGGAAACUAUGGAUUCCUUGGAUGAAAUCUAAGGAGGGCCAUCCUCAGAAUGGAAAAAUACAAACUAAACCCAAUGGCAACUUUGUGCAACCUGGAGAUCUAGUCCUAAGCCACACGCCAGGGCAGCCACUUCAUAUAAAGGUUACUCCAGACCAUGUCCAAAACACAGCCACUCUUGAAAUCACAAGUCCAACCACAGAGAGUUCUCACUCUUACACGAGCACUGCAGUGAUACCCAACUGUGGCACCCCAAAGCAAAGGAUAACCAUUCUCCAGAAUGCCUCCAUAACCCCGGUGAAAUCCAAAACCUCUAUGGAAGGCCUCAUGAAUUUAGAACAAGGCAUGUCCCCAAUAACCAUGGCAACCUUUGCCAGAGCACAGACCCCAGAGUCCUGUUGUUCUAUAACUCCAGAAAGUACAAUGUCACCUAUUCAGGUUUUGGCUGUGACUGGUUCAACUGGCUCUCCUGAACAGGGACGCUCUCCAGAGCCAAUAGAAAUCAGUGCCAAGCAUGCGAUUUUCAGAGUCCCCCCAGAUCGGCAGUCAUCAUGGCAGUUUCAACGUUCAAACAGCAAUAGUUCAAGUGUGAUAACUACUGAGGAUAACAAAAUCCACAUUCACUUAGGAAGUCCUUACAUGCAAGCUGUGGCCAGCCCCGUUAGACCUGCCAGCCCUUCAACACCACUGCAGGAUAACCGAACUCAAGGCUUAAUUAAUGGGGCAUUAAACAAAACAACCAAUAAAGUCACCAGCAGUAUUACUAUCACACCAACAGCCACACCUCUUCCUCGACAAUCACAAAUUACAAUCAAGGAGGUAUGCAAGCAGAAAAUCCCAACACGGAUCCCUAAGCCAAAAUCUACAGGAAUCACUAAGAUUUCCACUAAAGCCUCCCCAGGGCCUAUGGAUAAGCCUAUUCAAAAUGGCUGUGGGAGGCUGCACAUCAUAAGGACUGUCACCUCCAACACUUUCCUCCACAUGGGAGGAAAAAGGUAAGUCAUACCAAUGCACUGCCUGGAUACAUUGAUCUGCAGAAAUAUCUGGAAAGUAAAAACUACCACUAUGGAAGGCCAAAGAGGAAAGGCCAUCUGUCCAGAACAGUGAAGCAGCAAACAGACAGAUGGUUCAUUCACAGGUUGGUGGACCUGGUGAAGAUCAUCCUGAAAGAGCAGCACAUCUACAAUUAUUUUAUCUCUAUAUGUGUAUAAGCACAUAUACCCAAUCACCGAUCCAGACCCACACUCCAGAUCCACCCAAUUCCUCAUCCUACUUAUAAUCCAACCUAUAGCUGGACUAUCUGUCAUCAGUCUGCGAUAGGAUUGAAUUCACUAGAACAGUUCAAGAGUUUUCUGGUGAACACAGAAGUAAUUCUUCAUUCUACAGGACUUUACUGAAUAACCAUAUUUUGCUAGGAAAAUGUGCUACCAAGAACUCCUAAUCUGCUUCAAGAAAGUCAGAUUAUUUCCAUCAAAAUGGCAGGAGAAUUAAAAUCAAACUCCAAACACUAAAACUAUGAUUAUUUUAUGACCAAGAAAAAAAAAGUGGUAAAAAGGAAGAGAGGAACAACAAAAAUGAGUAACAGCUAAAUAUGUGUUUUGUGUGACCUAUCUGACAUUUACUGGGGUAGUGUGCACACUUGACUGCUGGCACUUGCUCUUCUAUCCCAUUUUUCUAGUAGGUUGCCCCUCCUGUAUAUACCAGGCCAUGGAAUCAUAUUGCUAGGGUUGUAAGACAAACCAUUUUAGACUACUAUUGCUGCUUUCUAUAGCAAUCAGGGCAUCUGAGAAUCAAAGGUCAAUGAUAUUAAGAUCUUUUGCGGAGAUAUAUAUCACUGUUCUGGUGUUCAAAAAAAAGAAAGACAACAAUUUAUCACCCCAUAGGACACUCUUUAUUCACAUCUCUUCCCUGAAUGAACACUAUAGAAGAAUCAUUCAAUUCAACAAAAGCUUGGAAUCAGGGGACUCAAAUUCCAAUCCUAGCUUUUCACUCAUAUGACACUGAACACCAAUCUAAACCUUGAGUUUCCCAUAUGUAGAACAGGAAAGUGGAAUAAUUUUUCAGAUAUCUUCCAGUUCUGUAUAUGUCAUGAGUAUGACCAACUAUAGAAUGUUGAAUUCACACAGACAUGUAUAAGGCUGGACACAGUCCCCUGACAGUAAGCUAAAAUAAUUAUUUUCAUCACACUGAAAACUCUCAUUGAAUUAAGAGAAAGGUGUGCCUGUGAUUCAGUGUAGAAAACACAACGAUGUUUUAAGACAAGUAAGGCUUUUUUGAUACAGAAGACAGUUACAUUUCACAAAGCCUCAGUUGGGGAAAAAAUUAAAUGAAAGCAUGACCCGACAUUUUCUGUGAUCCUUCACCAAAAACUGCAGGCAUAACCCUGGAAGAAAUCCUCGUGGCCAAGGACUGCUUUAGCUGGCUGUCCUGGGUUGGAGCCAGCAGAGCAGGAGCAAAGGAACUGCCAUUCCCCACAAUCAUCCAGCUAAGCCCUCUUCAAUGUACAGAUGUCACUGUACAAACACUCCUGGGCCCAUCCAACUUCAUGGAGGAGGAGAAAGAGCUGGAGUCCUGGGCAGCAUUGAGCUAUGUAAGCCAAAGAUGCGGAGCAGUCCCAGCAGGCAAGUGGCAGAGGGAGAAGGCGAGAAGGUCAAGUUAAAAGCCCAAAGAAGAAAAGUCUAAGUUAAAGGAAAGCAGUGAGAGAACAGUGAAAGGAAAUGAACUGCAAAAGAAGGUGAUGAAACUCUGGCACCAAAAUAAUACACAUGUGUGGGAGAUGCUUAGAGGAUGAGUGAAUGAGGGAGAGAAGAGCCACUUGGUCAAGACAUAAGUCAGGAAAUAUGCUAAGAGAUGGCAAUGGUGUAUGACAGGGUUAGGAAAAGCAGUUAUGCCUGGGUGAUAUUCAACAUUGGUAAUUAUUCUAACAGAAAGAACACUGGAACCCCAAUAGUGAAAACCACACAGAUCGAAAAGAAGCAUAAAACAGGAAAGACAACAUGCACCAACAAUAGUCCCAGAAAAACAAAAUAACCUGGGAAAGUUUUACCUUGAAGAGGAGCAUAAAAUAUGUUGUAUGUUGGAGAUUUCAAAAUUGUUUUCUCCCAUGUCAGGAGAUUUCCUAAAGUAUAUUUUUAAGCCAAACUGACAUAAGUUGAAGAGCAAACAAGAAAAGAGGGAAAAGAUAUUGUACAAAA